CGUAACCCCUUCUUGUGCAAAGCAAAGCCUAUUUCCAAUUUGUCUUGUACUUGUUCUUCCAAACCUUUUGCUUCUUCUGCCACCACUAAACCCGGGCAAUCCCAUGUUUAAUUUAGUUUAGGCAUAUUUGGGCUUUGUCUUGGUUCAUGACAUAACUUUUGAUCACAAUCACAUGGCACGCCAAUCACGGGGUUGAACAUUUACAUAACAGGAGUCACCUAGGUAACAAGGCUUUAUUGGUUUCGUGGUUACAUGGGAGAACCAAAUAGCAUCAUACAUGAGCUACUACAAGGUUUGGAGCUGGCAAGGCAGCUCCAAGUGUAUCUCCACAUGCCUUCUUCCUCCCAAGAAACCCGUGACCUCUUGAUCCAGCAGAUCAUAUCCACUUUUGAAAAGGCACUUCAAAUGGCAAAUUGGAAAGGACCAGUGCCCGCCGCUGCUGCUGCUGCUGCUGAGUCCUCACAACAUCCCCCAGGGAUUCCAAUACGAAUGUCAGACUCACCUUUGAGCACGAGUCCCCGCAGUGAAGACUCUGAUAGAGAUUUCAAGGACCAGGACCAGAAUGCUUUCAAAAAGAGAAACAGUUUGCCAAGAUGGACAAAACAGAUUCGAGUUACACCAGGAAUGGGGGUGGAGGGGCCUCUUGAUGAUGGAUAUAGUUGGAGAAAAUAUGGCCAGAAAGACAUCCUAGGUGCCAGGUACCCGAGGGGCUAUUACAGAUGUACCCACAGAAACGUUCAAGGCUGCGUGGCCACAAAGCAUGUGCAAAGAUCCGAUGAAGACCCCACUAUUUUUGAGAUCACCUACCGAGGGAGGCACACAUGCACAAUGGCCAACAACGUUGGUGCUUCAUCAGUUCCACUAGAAAACCAAGAACCAAGUUUGAACAACACAAACCCUCAGCAGCAGCAGAAUAUCCUGCAGAGCCUUGAGCAGCAUCCAAACGAACUACUUAUGAGCCUUCGGAGAGGGUUGAAAGUCCAAACAGAGAACCUUGAUUCCCCAGACCAAUCAUUCCGUUUCCCUUCCUCAACAGACAUCAAAAUUGAAAGCCAGGUUUUCCCAUCCCCUGUGAUUGAAAACACCUAUGCUGAAAAAUUCAGUUCCCCUUCCUACAUGUCCCCUGCUACAUCGGGAAUAAGCCAAUUUUCGGUUUCUCCAAGUGGGGUUAACAGCUUUGGAGGGAACCCAAAUUUGGCAAGUUCGGGGUCUCAGAUCAAUGACAUGAUCCCUGCCACUACUUCAGCUCCAAACUCAUCAACCGUUGGUUUAGACUUCCCUUUUGACCAGUUUGAAUUUGAUGGUCAGAACUUCACAUUCGAUAACCCACGAUUUUUCUCUUGAGAAUAAUAUAGUAUACUCAAUUCAGAGAAGAAUCAGAAUAAAAGACAAAAACUAAUUUUUAUUUUUAAAAUGUUAGAAUUAGAAGCAUAUGAUGUAAGUCGAAAGACAUAAGCAGGUGUGUAACAUUCUAGAAUUAUAUGACCCUGUAGAAAAAGAGGCAAAAACAUUUCUAUGUGUGUCUUAGAUACUUGUGUCGUAGGAAUAUGUAAUUCUAAUUUUGCCUAGUCAAUAAGAAUUUUCCUUUAUCAUUAGA